CACUCUGUCUUAGAUUCACUCUCUCCUGGCAUGUUUUCAACGUGAAGCGUUUGGUUCAAAUUAGUUUUUUAAUUUCGUCUCUUUUUUACACGCUUCACUUCUCGCUUGACAUUUAAUUAUUUUGAGCGGUACUCGUGUUCCAACUUGAUUAGAUCAGCGGUUUUCCUGCAUUUUUAUUCCGAUUUGGUCGAAUUUUUCCCAUCCAGGUUGUGUGGUUUAAAUGGAAUUGCAGAAUUUUAAAUGAUAGCAAUCAUUUUAGAUUGCAGGGUUUUAGACCUUCCCAUUGAAAUGAUUUUUUUCACACCCAUACCUACAUCUGUAUUUUAGUUCCACUUGAAGAACCCAAAUCUUAAAAACCACCAUAUGUUCUUUGACUCUUUAAAAGGCCAAAGAUUCUGCAUUUAAUCUUGUGGCCAUUAUAUUUUAUUUUUGAUUACAAAAAGACUCAUUGUAAAAGUUUUGAAUAGACAAAAACUAAUCGCGUAUUUUACACAAAGAAAUUAUUCCUAUAUAAGUCUGUUAAGUUAUAUGUAUGAACUCUUACAUUUGUCAUUUUCCCCUCUGGUUUAAAAGGUGUGAGGAAGAUUAAAUGAGUCCUGGGUCUUAUUUCUGUUAUUAAGACCUAUUCUGCGGCAAACAUUACAGCAAUAUAUGGAAACGUGUUUAUAGUGCCUGUUUAAAUAUUGACGGGAGUAUUCAUUUGGAAACUAAAAACUUUGUUUGUAUUGAUUGCCUAGCUAUAGUAUUGAACAAGUUGUUCUGAAAUACAUCUGUGAUCGUAUGCGGUGUCAGAGGCAGUAACUGUUUAUAGCCCCCACUAAUGGAGUAUUUGAAAAUAUCCCUGGAAAUCGCCUCAAUGCUCUAAUGCAUAUUAAAGCCUAAAGUUUUCGAUGUUGCCAUGCUUUAAACCCCAUAGUGUCAAACAGAAGAGAUAAAAUCAACUGUCCUGUUUAGAAUUGACUCUAUCCUUGAAAAGUUGGAAUCAUGGCCGUCCGUUUUGUACCAAAGAAAAAUGUGUAUAGAUACUAUGAAAGAACUGAUACAGCCGAGAAUCUAGAGGAUAGAAAGCAUGAGGCAUUUGUUCGUGAAAUUUCAACGAUGGUUGAGGAUAUGUUGGGCCAUCGUAGUCACAACUGCCUUGACAGGAAACCUAUCAAACUCCGAACUCAGCUUCAGAUGGAACAAGAAAAAGAAUUACCUCAAAAUAUAAUACGGCGGGUCCUCGAUACUCUGAAGGGACAAUCCGUGGUUGCACGAAGAGAUUCGGAUGGACUUUAUUAUCCAGGGACGGUUGUGAAGUGCCCAGAUCCCAGACAUGCUCUCGUGGAGUUUGAAGACAAAGAACAAGUGCUGACCCCCACCAGACUGAUGAUAGCGACCACUGGUGCUAUAGCGCGGCCACACCUAAGGGUUGGAGAUUGUGUUUUAGUGAGGGUUGUUAAUUCAGACACAAAGUUAGAAUGCUACGCUCCAGGAAUUGUACAGGUUCUUCCACAGGAUGAGACCGUCCAAGCCAAAUUCUACACAGUCAUGAUGUACAAUGGACAGCAGGCAACUGUCAUGAGAAACUAUAUCAUGAAGAUCAGCAAAUCCAGAUUUGAGUUUGCAAUUCGCUACAUUGCGGAUAUUCAAAUGCAAAGCCAAGGGAGCUUUGAUGAAAAUGUGUAUGUGAAAACACCUCGAUCUGCCAGACCCAGUGAUAAAGAAAAGAGAGGACGAAGAGAGCACAGAGAUAGAGAGAGAAAAGCCUCCCCCUCUCCAGAGGUAGAAAUAAGUGUGGUUGAUCAGUCGGAGAGCAAUCCUCCCACUGAUCAAAACUCUGUGUGCAGUGACAGACCCGCCAGUGCCCGCCCCCCAGCACCUACCCCCAACACAGCAAGGAGCGGCAAAGUCAUGUCCCCCCUCCCAGAGGAGGAGGGUGCUAGAUCCCCAACUCCAACGCCAAGAGCACAGCAGUCAAAUUCAAGAAGCAGGUCAAGGUCAGACUCUAGAUCUAGGUCACGAUCUAGAUCAAGGUCACAUUCUAGAUCAAAAUCAAGGUCACGUUCUAGAUCAAGGUCACGCUCACGUUCAAUUUCGGGUGAGAGAAGUAAAAUAUCCAGAUCAAAUUCAAGAUCAUCAAGGUCCAGAUCCAGGUCAAGGAGUAGUGGGAGUUCAAGGUCACAGUCACCAGUUAAUUUGAGAACUAGGUCUGAUAGUAUGGAGAGACUACACAAGAAAAGCAAGAAAAUGAAGCAACUGAAAAAGCAACUGAAGCAUCAGCAAGAUGAAUUUGAAGCUCAACAACAGAAAAUUCAAAAGCAAGCAAAGAAACUGAAAAAGCUGAAGAAGAAGCUGAAGAAAAGGAAAAAGUACGAGAAGUCUGUGAAAUCUAACACUGCUGUGAUUGCUGUCGAGGACUCUGAUGAUUCCGACGACAGCAAGAUGAAGCUUAGACCAGAAACCCCAUCUUCAGUGCAGGCUCCUGAAGUGACCUCAGGACUUCUGAAGUUGAGGAAAUCCCUGCCCUGUUUGAGGGAGGGAGAGGAGGUCAUGGCCCGCUGGUCUGAUGAGGGAUGGUACUUCAGAGGUGUAGUUAAACAGGAUUGCAAUGACUUUAGCUACAUCAUCGAAGACAGCACAAGAAUGUGUGAGAGAAUCUGGAGGGAGGACAUUAUUACGGAUUACGACGAUGCUAAUCAAAUUAUUCAGCCAAAUGACCCAGUGGUAGCCCUGCACCCUGACUACAGUUUCAGUUAUGCACCAGGAAUUGUCUUAAAGGUUUACCAGAACCUGGAAAUGAAAAUCCGAUUCUACGAUGGACAAGUUCUAGAGGAAAAGCUCCCCAGAGAGGAGAUUUAUAAACUGACGCAGGAAAAAUAUGAACAUGAUGUGAAUUAUAUAGUUCAAUGUGAAACAAGAUGGGUGGGGCAAGCUGUAGUUGCUAGGGACGACAGGAUGGGAAGCUAUCACUUAGCCUCUGUGAAGGAAAGAGUGGGUAAUGGCAGGGAGUACAUGUUGGAGUGGUGUGAUGGGGAGCAGUCCACUCAAACCUCCCACCACAUCUUUGGGGUCUUCACCAAGCACCACCCCCUGUCUGUUGGGGACCAUGUUCUGGCCAUGUGGGACAGUCACCAGCACGUGUAUCUCCCUGGGUGGGUGGCAGGAAUCGUGGGAGAAAAGAUCAAUAUUAGGUUCUGUGAUGGAACUAUACGAGAUGUUGACGACAUUUUGCAGUGCUUCUGGUUAAGUAGUGACUAUUACGAGAAUGCAGUUAUCUUCUACAACAAAUGCCAAACUCUGAGAGAUGACUCGGCAUAAAUGCCUCCCCCACCCUGACUACAACCUCUUUUAAUGUGAUAUUUGAUGCUAGUGUAAUUCUGGAUUAUUUGACAUGGGAGCUGAGUAGAUAAGCUUACUAUUAUCUUAGGUACAUGUACAUUGUAUAUUAGAUCAUACAAAUAUUGUAGAGUUGAGAGCGCAACAUAGUUUUCAGGUGUGCAUACGAUUCAGGUAUGAGCAAAGUGUGUUUUUAAUGGAAGACUUAUUGACCCUUUAUAAAGCCUGAACCUACAGAACGUAUAACAAUUCAGAAACAAUUAUGCAAUACAUUCAUAAUUUUCAUAAAAUUCAAAGUAUUUAUUGUCUAUAUACAUGUAUAUGCAUAGCUAUUUUGAUAUAGGGAUUGUUGGUGCUAGCUAGUUUAUUUCAAGACUUGGAUGAGUUUUAUAGGUUUAUUUUAUUUACAAGUACCAUGCUGUGCAAGUUUAUUUGUGAUGAAAACAUGAAAUUGGUUUGUUAAUCCCUUAGAUUUUAAAUUAAAUUCAUAAGUAGCAUGCUUAGUUUACUCUUUGCAACAUACAGUACAUGUAAACCAUAGACUCUGUAACAAAAUUUAAAUAAUUACUGCUAUAGAAAACUCCUGCAUUCAUCAGUAUUUGUAAUUAGUCCAUUUUACUCUUCUAUUUAAAAUUGUUACAUGAAUUAAGAAGUGAGGGAAAUGCAAUCAAGACUGAAGGUCAAAACUCGGGUAAUUUUACCGGCAAUUAAAUAUCUUAAAUGAAAUGUUUCCAGAUCCAAAAGAUAUUGAUUGUAUACCAGGUACAAGUGUAGAUGUUGUACAUGACAUUGUAUUGUAGUAAAAAAUAAUUUCAUGAUCAGUGUGUUUGUCUGUUGUUUUCAGACUAGGGUACCCCCCCCCCCAUAAAUAAAUGUAAAUUCUAAUACUGAUUCAUUUCCAAUUUGACACAUAAUGAUCAAUUCAGCUGAGCAUUGCAGUCAUAAGCAUCCGCUAGAACGAAAUGGUGCUUGUGAAUCCCUGCUUUGCUGAACAGACUUGGGGACUCCAUGCGGUGAAGAUAUCUUUUGUUUAUUGAUAGAUAAGUUCUCUGUGUUUUGAUGUUCAUGUUAUUUUUUUUUUAAUAGAACUCUGUACUUUUAUGUUUUUGUCAUAUGUCUUAUUUACUGUCUAUAACAAUACAAAACAGAUAUACUAGUAUAUGCUAAUAUGUAUUGAUAUUUAUUUAUGAAUAAAAAUGUGUAGUAGUAGUAGUGGUCAUUUAAUCCACACUAUUUAUUAAGACUGCAUAUUUUUGUUAUUUGACAAAACAAAACAGGGAACAAGAUCAAGAAAUGUAUUCUAUGACUGAAGUAUCAAACACUUUUCAAGCUAUUAAAAAUAAUGUCAUAUUGUGAAGAACUACAUACAUUGUUUACAUCAAAAACCAGCAAUGGCAUUUUUAAUGUCCAUGAUGUCACAAACUGGGGGUAGCAUGCAUGUGUAUUUUCAAAUAGCUAUGAUUUAUAAUUAGAUAUACAUUGAGUUUAACAACUGCAUGUAUAAGCAAUUAAGAUGACGUUUGUUACUUCCGUUCCUGCGGAUGAUAUUAUUGUUGUUGUAUCUUUCUCAGUGACAGUGAUAUCGAUGUACAUGCAAUAUAAUUUAUUCUCUACCAACUCUUAACAAAUUGUCAAAUACAUGCAAGUGUAUCUACUUCUGAGUUCAUUCAUUACUGCUUAGCAUUAUUACUUGAUUAGAAUGGAGCAAAAGAUAACAGAAUUAAAUUCAUAUAGAUAAA